AUGGCAAGGUACAGGAGAAACGACAUGGACCUCGCCUACGGCGACCUGCCACCCCCAUCUAGAUGGGACUCAGAUCGCUUUUCUCGCGAGACACAGGGCCGCCGAGCACCUCCAGUCAUUGAACAACGGCCUCCUUAUGAAUCUGCUAGACGUCGAGAACCUAUUACCUAUGAUGAUCGUCGGUUCUACGAAGAAGACUACUAUUCCGGUCCACGUGGAUCGCGUGACCGCAGAUUCUACGAGGAAGAUGAGUACUACGACCCCCGCGCUGGAGCGGGCGCAAUGGUGCCAUUCAGACCGGAACCUCCCGCACGACCUGCGGCUCCUCCCAGACCAAGAAUGAUGCGACGUCAGUCUAGCGUUGACAGGAUAGACUUCGAAAGACGAAGGUACUACGAUGAUUACCGACCACCCCCACCAGCUCCGCGUGAGAGAGAGCCUCGGUCAUCCCACUACGAUAUUCGUAUAUACGACGAUGUGAAGGUACAAGACCCUGAUCGUUACGGCGACGACGGUUUCCGAGAGUAUCGUGAACGAGAGUGGACAAGAAGUCGAACUCGGAAUGAUAGCCCAAGCCCUGAUCGUCGGGCUCCCGCACGUUCUGAGAUCAUUGAGGCUGCACCACCCUCGGCGUAUUCAGAAAAAGUCGUGAAAGAAGAGACUGUUGUAGAGAAGCCUUAUCCUAGGAAGGGCAAGACAAGAAUGCCAAAACGCUUGGUUCACACGAAAGUGUUAUUCGACCUUGGCUACCCAUUCUACGAAGAGGACGAGAAAACGAUCCUGAUCGAGAAAGCUCUCGGGCCGGACAAUAUUGACGAAGUUUUUGCGAGGAGCAAGGAAUAUCGAGAACGUGAAACCAGAGUCACUGAAACUCGAUUGAUAGAAGCACCAGCACCAACAGAAGCUCCGCCAGUUCGCGAAUGGGAAAUACCCAUUGCACGAUCACCUUCUCCAGGCUCUUCGAUCUCUCAGGCUCCAAGUAGAAGAUCCCGCCGAGCCAAAUCACAGGGACGAGGUUCAGUACACGAUUCCUUCCAUGAAGACAUACACGAACACAAAUCGAGACACGGCGGCUCAAUUGACGAGAGCUUCACUGAGAACAUCCAUCGAAGUGAGCACAGAUCUAUAUCUCCUGCUCGCACGCGCGCUUCACGAAGGUCCAGAGCUCGAUCUCGUCGCGAUAGCAGCUCUGAAGACGCCACAACCAUAGUCGAAAAGAGAGUGACCAAAGAAUACUCCGAGAUCUCGCCUGCCCGAACAGCCCGCGCCCGAUCUCGUCGCGGCACUGUCAUCGACGACGGCUCCACCAUCAUAGAUCGAGAAAUCAUCCACAAAGACGUCAUCGAAGAAUCAGGCCGUGUCGACACCAACUUCCCAUUAGCCAUAGCCCUACGCUCCAAAGACGACCGAACAGACGCAGACAUCCGCCGAGAAAUUAGCCGCCUCGAACGCGAACGCAGAGACCUGCGACGCGAAAGAGAAGUAGAUCUUGUCAGGUAUGAUCGCCGCGCCCGGAGAAACAGCUCACCUCUUGGUGUGCCGGUGCUUCGCGAGCCUUCUCCAGUCGGUCAGAUCGCCGUUGUUAACCAGAGUGGUCGCAGGGACGAAGAUGUCGUGGCUGUGCGUAAAGACAAAAGAGGUAGGAUGAGCUUAAUUGUGUGA